CCCGCGGCGGGCUCCAUCGUCUUCGUCGGGAGCCAGACCUUCCAGAACUGGGACUCCCUGAAGAAGGACAUGCACGGCCUGCCCGUCGUCAACUGCGGCUUCGUCGGCGCCAUGUCGAAGCACCUCGUCACGUACGCGCACCACGUCGUCGCGCUGCGGCCGCGGCUCAUCGUCUGGUGCUGCGGCGCGGCGGACCUCGAGUGGGGCCGCGCGCCGGAGCAGCCCUUCGAGACCUUCAAGCGCGCGCUGCGCGAGUUCCGCGGCGUGCACCCGGAGCUGCCCGUGGUCUACGUGUCG